CCUUUGGCAUAGUAAAUUCUAUGAUAAUUAUGAUGUUGUUAUGCGUUUAGAGUGUUUAGGUCGGUUAUGAAAAUACACCGCGAUUCUAGUUCUUUUCAAAUUAUAUUUAAAACGGUUUUUGGUUUGCUACAGAGUAGAACACAGUAAAGAAACACAGAAAGGAUUACUGCAAAGGAAUCUUAUCCCAUCCUGUUAACUGCAUUGAAUUUCAGCAAAAUUUUGACAAUGUUUAGUAACCCCAAUUACUUAAACCCUAGGGUUUGGCCUCACCUGUGUAAAGAUCCUGUUUAAGCUUAUUUUUGAUAUAUUGACAAACCCUAGUAGCUUAAAUACCAGUUGUUUAAGCUUGCAUGUAAUGAAUCGCUUUUCUAAAUAUUGUAAAUUUCUAUAGUCAGACUUCAUGAUUUAUCUGGAUACAUAGAGCUUUUUAUCUGGAUAAUCAUUUAUUGUUUUAAGAGGACAUGGAUAGAGAAAAUGUGCUGGAGGCAAUUUACGAAGAUGAUUAUUUAGACAAUGAAGAUUUUAUGUCAGACAAUGAAAAUUUAAUGCCAGACGUGGAUAUGAUGGAUGUUUCUGAAGGUGCAGCCUCAGAGGAUGGCGAGCUUAAGAAGGACGCUGCUCCUGAUGCACCAGUUGCAGAUAAUGAUUUAGAAAGAGUCAUAAAUAAUUCAAAGUGUGGUCCUCAAAGUGGGAAUUUCAAGAAGAAAAGACGGAGGAAAAAGAAGAAAAAUAAUAAUAGUGUUGGCAAUGUUAACAGGUUUGUUAUUAAUACAUGUAGGCAGUUACGAGAGCCAAAGUCUUAUCUUCUUUGGGAAACAAUUAGCAAAUUUGGUGUUUUGGCUGUAAGAAAUUUUGUGGAGGAGGUUUUUACUAUUGAGAGUCAUGGAGGACAGAUGACAGCUGAUGGUAAACGUCGCCGUACUCCUGGAGGCAUCCUAUGGAGCAUCUUGAAAUCACGGGAUCCAGAAGCAUAUAAGGAAAUAAUGCUAAAAGGCAAGGAGAUUGAGAGGCAACUCAAAAAAAAUAAUAGCAAAGGGCAUGCCACUGAGUUUGGUGGGCAGCCAAAUACCAAACGAACUAGAUUGAAUUCAGCUGACUCAAGUGAUGGAGGUCAAACGACUGAGGUCAUGUUAAAAAAUUUCUCCGAUCCAUUCAGAGAUGGGCAACCUGAAAUUAAUCUGCUGCAAGAAAACUCAUGGCAAGGUCCUUUGGUUAAGGCAUGGGUAGAUGGCAUAAAGACAAAGGAUCCAUUUUUGGAAAACAAUUGCAGAGUUGGUAAUGUUCAGGUGAAUGUACGUUCAGAGAAGGUGAAGGUUCCUGUCAGAGAUAGGAUCCGUGUGCCUGUUGGCUAUGAUGACUUAAUUGUUGAAAAUACAACAGAGAUUGAAGCAAAUAGAGAGGAAAAUGGGCAUCUGCAGGACUCUAUCUAAGGGUGUUACUAUGCAAGCUACAUGCGAGCAUUUGUUAUUGUUGUUUUUGCUUUGGAUUCUGUUAAGGCUCUCUACAUGGCAUAUAAUUAUUGGAUUUUAUGCUGAAUGUUAUGGAAUAUGAACCUUCAGAAAAAUGAGAUUAUUUUACUUUUCUUCAUGGCAGAUUUGAGAAAAGAAGCGGAUUUGCUUCAGGAAUAUUUUGCUUGAAUUGGCAGGGGGGUUGUUAUUUUACAUGUUAAGCUGAUCACAUUUGAUUUACCCCAUGGAUUAUAUAAGGAAAUGCUUGAAAGCAUCAUUGGAUAAUUGGCUGGAUCUAAUUCAAAGGUCCACACUUGACUUUUUGUGAAACUGGUGCAGCGGAUGUAAUUAGAGAUCAGAAGAGUAUGUAAACAUGGCAUAAUUGACAAUAAGAAAUAAAAGAUGAGAAACUGUUGAUUGCCAUUGAAAA